AUGACACUCAGCUGUUUCUCCCUGGCGUUGACACUGAGUAUUCUUUACUUCUUCGACGGCAAGCCCUUGGAAUCGUGGCCCCUCUACCUGUCACUGGGCACAAUCAUAUCGACCAUGGCACAGAUUUCUCGCACCUCUCUUGCCUUCGCCAUCACGCCCUGUCUGGGGCAGGCAAAGUGGAAUUGGUUUUCCCAAAGAGAAGACGACAUUCUGGUCUUUAGAACCUUCGAUGAAGCAAGUAGAGGGCCUUUGGGAAGUUUGCAGCUGCUCUGGAAGCUCAAGUAUCGACAUCUCGCCUCGCUCGGCGCUCUAGUAACGGUUGUAAUGUUCGGAUACGACCCCUUCGUCCAAGCCAUAGUCAACACAUCUGGAUAUGAGGUCCAACUCAUGGAAAGCUCAAGAGCCGAAAUUCGGGCAUCAAUCAAGAUCUGUGUAGGCGAAGAACAGACAACAGGAAGACAGAUUACUUUGAAGAACAAAAAUGGCUCGAUGGGACCCGACAUGGUGGUCUUCCAGGAAAGUGCACUGACAGCGGACUAUGGCCUGACGCUUGCCGUCUAUGAUGGAUUCGUCAACAAGUCCGCGGCCUUGGUUGACCCUUACCAGCCAUCCUUCUCUUGCGAGACCGGUAAUUGCACAUUCCAGAAUUUCGACUCAUUGGCAGUUUGCAGCCGUUGCAUUAAUGUGUCAGAUCAUAUUCGAAAAGAACAAGUGCCCAGUGGAGGGAGUACUUAUACACGAUAUCUACUGCCAUACGACUUGGAAAUUCUCAAUUGGGACGACGCAAAGCCGCCGAGGGAUAAAAGUUCCUGGGGAUCAUUGACUGUCCUCACCUCAAUAUCACCAAAUCAAACCGUUGUCAAAGUCAUAGCCAACCGAUCCGAGUCGAUAUCUUUUGCCAACUUUACUACCACCUUUGUUGUUUUCAGAAUCAUCCAGUCUACACCGGAAUUUGUCAAUGACCUUUCGCCUUGGAAUACGACGUUUCCACUCGCCAUGGAAUGCGGCUUAUCCUUCUGCGUCAACCGAUACAAUUCGAGCGUCAGGAAGGGCAUACUCCAUGAAUCCAUUCUUGACUCGCGGAACGAGUGGUUACAUCCGUCGCUGUUGCCUCGAGACGGAUUUUUGGAACGCAACAUCUCCACAAAAAGACAGAGAGAAGAAUGGAUGUAUCCCUUCAACCACACACUAAGCAGCCCAGUCCGCCCAGAUUUACAUGGCACGCUCUGGGAUUUUCCGCGAUCUGAUUUACUCCUGGCUACACACCCCAGUCUUGACCCUGGGGACCAUGAUGACCCUGGUGCCACUACGGUUUCCAACCGCCUUCCCUACUUCAACAUCACCCAAAUAACCCUAGCCUCUACAAUUGACUGGUUCACCCACGUCCUUGCCCCCGAGCCACUGAUUUAUCCAACCACAGCCGAUAUAGGUUACGGUAACCCCGUCGCCGGAGCCAUAGCCAAAUCAACCAAUCUCAGCAUCACUUUCAACAAUGUCGCCCGUAGUAUGACAGCCUGGAUCCGCGAGAAAGAGGGGAUAUGGGUAAAGGAGAGCUCCACGAAGAAAUGGGAGUUCCGUUUCUGCAUCCGUUGGCCAUUCGUCACCGUUCCUGUGGCGGUCAUGGUGGCGAGCGCGCUCUACCUUGGGCUUACCAUUUGGCAGACCCGCAUGUACGGCGUGGACCCUUGGAAAGAGGACGCUUUGGCGGCGAUAGCUCAUGGACUUGAUCAGGAGAGCAAGGCAAAGAUUUGUCAGGCAGAAAGGGUGGGGUUGAGGAAUGAAGCUGCGAUGGGGAUGAGGGUUAUGCUACGGCAGGGGAUGUAUGGUGAGGUCGAGUUGAGGGAUGUGGGUAAGGAGGGAUGA